UGACAGAACACACCUAGAUCAGGGCAAGGGUCACGCCCUAUUAUGUGCUUUUUUCCCCCUUAGAUCCAGUUGAUGAAAUCGAUGGAUAUCAAAUCUAUUUCAGGUCCAGAAUUAGAAUCUCCCAGCAAUCUUGAUCAUCCAUCCCAGGCCCAGUCAAGAGCCAAGCUUCCAGACAGUGUUUCAGACAAACUGGCCAGAGCACGGGUGCUCAAAGAAGAGGGAAAUGCAGUCUUUAAGCGACAAGAAUGGAAGAAAGCCAUCAAAAAAUACCACCAUUCUUUAAUGUACGCAAAAGGGGUGACUGAUCGUCCUGAUAAGUUGAUGGGGUUGGCCAUACCUACAAAGUUCGAUAAGCCUACGAAAGAAGAGGAGAGAGAAGCUGAAGAAUUAUUGGUGUCCGUGCACAAUAACAUUGCAGCUUGUCUUGUGAAAGUCUGUGACUGGGAGAAAGCUAGGAACCAUACUUCAAAGGUGCUUCAUCUGCGCCCUGGGAACGUGAAGGCCCUGUUCAGACAAGGACUGUGUUGCCUCAACUUAGGCAGGCUGGACCAGGCUGGAGAACUGUUGAGAAAGGCAGAGACCAUCGACCCCAAAGGUACACAUUUUACUUGUAUUCGUUCUGGAAAACUACUAGAGUUGUGCUAGCCUUGUUUUCAGGACUACAUGUACAUAGCAUUAUUAUAUUAGAAAGAAUUCAGCCUGGAAACGAGGCUCUCGAGUUAAGUUGUACAGUCAUUGUUCCACUAUAAUUCAAUGUUUUCAAAUGUUUAGAUGCAGGCAUAAAAAAGCAGUUGCAGGUGCUACAGCGAAAAGAAUUAGAGCAGGCCAAAACUGAGAAGAAAAUGUGUCAAGCAAUGUUUGCACAUGAUUAAUAAUUAGCUGACAAAUAAUUAUUUUUUCUCACCAAUUUUCAUUGUGAUUAACAUAUUCAUGACCUGUUAAUGGAUCCGGAAAGGAAGCCGUUAUAAAGGGAAGAUCCCUUCAUAGAGAUUGCAUAUCGAAAGGUUUUAUAAUAGACUAGACAGUUAGAUCUAAACUUGAAGAAUGGCUGCCUCCAGCUCAAGUAACAACUCUAGUUCAGCACCUGGAAGACCACAAGAUGAGAGCCCUGGACCACGACAACCUAUAGCCACUGUUGCUGGGGACCUGGUUAAACGCCGAGAGGAUGGCGAGUUGGACUGGGAGACCCUGGGCAAAGUACUCACUGCUAGCGUACUAGGAGAGGCGCUCUUCAUAUCGUAUGCAGACUUUAAGUACGGUAGGAUGACUAGGGGCAGCAACUUGGACAUUGACUGGAAGUUUGCUUAUGAAGACAAGGAAGUGAUUGUGCUGAGGAAAGAUGUGGCAUCUACCAGCGGACAAAACUUAAUUUGCUUUGCUGGUCGUGGUGUUAUAAACUAUCCAGUGGAGCAUGUGGCAUCCAUCAUCAUGAACAUCAACUAUUUGAACCAGUGGAACAAAUUUUUAACGGAGUAUCGGGUGGUAAAGGAAAUAUCGAGUACUGAGAGCUCAAGAGACCACCUGCUAUACUUCUUGCACGAGAACAAUAAAUGCUUUGUCAGAGCACGAAGAGACUUUCUUAUGUAUUCCCAUUCUACAUUCAGGGAGGACGGAAAAUUUGUCAACUGUGGCAUCUCAAUUGAUCACCCGUGCUGUCCACUAGUAAGAGGUACCAUCAGAGCAAAUGUGUGUCUUGGGUCUGGGUGGAUGCUGGAGCCCUAUGAGGACAACCCAGGAAAAACCCUGGUUACAUACAUUGCAAAUAUUGAUCUUCGUACCCCACUCUCCACCUCUUUAACGAGUCGACUGUUGGAGUCCCAACCCCUCACCAUAUACUACCUCAAGAAGUUUGUGAAAUCGUUAAACAAGGUCACAAGAGGUCUUUCUCCAGCGCGCAGAACUUCAAGGAUUGAAGCAGAUCUGGAAACCUCACUCACAAGUACUGUAAAUGGAACAGAUUCAUUUUUCGGUGUUGACAGUCAGCGCUGUACUUUGUAUCGAGAGCAAAUGGGUGUUGAUCAUUUCAUGGGAGCAAGCAAAACAUCUUUAAAGAAACACGACGAGUUUUCAGAUGAAGAUGACUGCUCUUCAGCUUCCAGAAGUAAUUCACAUGCUAGAAGUAGCAGCGCACUGUCUCAGGACUCUUAGCUCUCAACUGAUAUUGAGUGUGUGUGUGUGUGUGUGUGUGUUUCCUUAACAAUAAUCAUUGAUCAAACCCA